AUGAGUGCAGCUCCUUUUCCCUGCUCCCAGCUCCCCGACUACCACUAUUCAGCUGUGCUGCUCACCUCUGGGAUCCGGGUAGUAAAAUCCACUGAAGAAACAGUGAAGCCAAAGGAAAUACAGGUAAUGCUCACUGAAGCCCUGUGGGACCAGGUGCUAAUGGCUUUUAAUGAUAUACGAAAGGAGAUGAAGGAAGAUGCUCGGAUUCGAGGGAUGAGUAACUGCUUAAUGACACCCAUCUCAUCUGCAUUCAGUACUGGGUAA